AUGACCGACCUUCAGAUCCUUGAGGCGCACUGUCUGUUCUUCGUGCUGGGUAUCCAACUCCACGUCUUUGUUUUCCGUAAAGGUGAAUGGGACACUGCUACCACCAGACUAUUCAGGAACUUCACAUUGGGCAUUGGACUGCUUACCGCAGCCCUCGUUCGGCUGGCUCCAGAGACCUUCCCAACCAACGCUGCUGCGCUCAAGACAGCCGGCUCCCUUACGGUCGCACUCAUUGUUGGAAUCUACAGCAGCUUGCUCGUGUACCGUGUGGCAUUCCACAGGCUCAACUCAUUCAAGGGGCCGUUCCUGGCGAGGCUGUCAAACUUGUGGAUCACGUCGCGAGCGGUCAGGGAGCUGCACAUGUACACUGAAGUUCAGCAACUUCAUAAACAGUAUGGCGACAUUGUGAGAAUCGGUCCCACUGAGUUGUCUAUCAACAACGCAAAGGCUGUUCCUCUAGUCCACUCCAAUCGCUCACCGUGCACCAAAGGCCCGUGGUAUGGAGUACUGCAUCCCAUGUACUCGUUGCAGCUCGUCCGCGAUAAGCAAGAGCACGCUCAGAGGCGCAAGAGUUGGGAUCGAGGCUUCAGCUCGAAAGCGCUGAGAGACUACGAGUUCCGGGUUGCCGAUUACACCAAUCAGCUUCUUGCAAACAUUGACAAGAACAAAGGAAAGCGGUUCAACAUUUCAGAUUGGUUCAACUUUUACAGCUUCGACGUUAUGGGAGACCUGGCCUUUGGCAAGUCCUUUGGAAUGCUCAAGGAGGGCAUCAAGCACUACUUUAUGACUUCCUUGCAUCAGGAUAUGCAAGCUAUUGGCAUGUUCAGCCAUAUGCUCUGGCUCUUUCCAAUUUUCAAGAACACGCCAAUCUUGAAUGAGAACAAUAAGCGGUUCUGGAAAUUUGUCACGUCUCAGGUGGACGAGAGAAUCAAGAACCCCCCUGACCGCCCAGACGUGUUCUCGUGGAUAUUGGAAGAGUACCAGUCCAUCAAGAAGCCGACUUGGCAAGAUACCCUAAACCUAUACGGAGAUGCCUACCUUAUCAUCGUCGCAGGAAGUGAUACGACCGCUGCAUCCCUUACUUGUCUCUUCUUCGAGCUAGCCCAGAAACCGGAUGUCUACCGGCGUCUAAGGGAGGAGAUCGACGACUAUUUUUCACAAAAUGCGGAGCCUGAACACUCCGCAUUGUCAAAGCUCCCGUACCUGCAGGCGUGCAUCGACGAGACGUUGAGGCUUCACCCUCCCGUUCCGUCGGGUGUGCAGCGCAUGACGCCGCCCCAGGGCAUGGACAUUGACGGGACGUUUAUUCCGGGAGACACGAUUAUCCAGGUGCCUACGCACACCAUGUUCAGAGGCAAGUCCCAGCGUGAUCCUUCUUUUCUUCCCUUCUUUUUGUCUCGGCUGAUGGAGUGCGUCUGGUACAACAUGUCGCAUGCUGACCGUGGCGAAAAAAAAAUAGACGAGCGCCUGUUUCCGCAACCCAAUGACUUCAUUCCCGAGCGAUGGACCACCCGGUCCGAUCUGGCCAAAGAUCCGGCGGCAUUUGUUCCCUUUGGUACCGGCAAGUACUCGUGUGUCGGAAAGCAGCUGGGCUUGAUGGAGGUCCGUUACUGCGCCAGCCGCAUCAUUAGCCGAUAUGAUGUCGCAUUCGCCCCAGGGCAAGAGGCAAAAGCGUUUAUCGAAGGCAAAAAGGAUGGGUUUACAUUGUCAUUGCCAGAGUUGGAAGUGAUUUUCAAAUCGAGGGAGGAGGGAAAAGUCACAGCCUAG